AUGCCGCCUAGAAUUAGAGGCAAAGGCAGGGGACCCAUGCGAGGAGGCCCUUCGGGACACGCACUCUCGCUCUCGCAUAGUUCGGAACAUCACAACUUGGGCCAUUACGGAUAUUCGAGCAACUAUUCUUCUUCACAACCAGCGAGACAAUCUGUCUCACAUAACUCAUCACCCUCUCAUUCUCACCAUUCAUACCAUUCCCACCAUUCACACCAAUCACAUCAUUCACAUUCCCAUUCCUUGCAUGGAUCAUUUGACCCAAGCCAGUAUAUCAACACACCUCCAGCUGCCCAAAACCAGUUGGACCAACCGAAUGAGCCGGACGAAGAUUCAGAUCCGGAGAUGCAACCAUCAGGGUCGCAUAUGCACCCCAUUGAGAUUCCUAGUGGUUCUACAUCUUACGCAGGAUCACCUUACCAAGGUCCUAAUGAAUGGGACCCAUAUUGGAAUCAAUUCACAUUCGUGAAUACACCCUCCUAUCGUUCUCCGACACAGCCUCCGCCACCUCAACAAGAGGACGUGCAAAUGGAACUAGUGGAACAACCACAGCCACCACUAGAACCUCCAAGAAGGAAACAUGGAACACGCAUGUAUGUGAGUUCGAGACUGCGGUCAAGCCUGUUACCACCACUGCCACAAACCUAUCCUCCUAUUCCUGAGGACCCACAAAUGGGUGGACCCUCAAGCACCGCACCAGUGGUUGAUCCGACUCCUGCAACGUUUGUUCAACCAACACCAUCGGGCUUUGAUAACUCGAUUCCCACGUAUCUAGAUAUGACCGGAUACGACCCUUUGAACCCUACUACGCCGAUAGAUUACAACUAUCAGGCGCCAUCGUAUGACCCUUAUAUGCAGGCAGUCGUACACAACGCUUUAUACCCGUCUUCUUUCCUCCCGCAUAUCCAACUACUGGAUAUCCAAAUUAUGAAUACUAGUAUCCUGUUGUGCCUUAGCCAUAACCACUGCCACUGA